CUCGGGCCCACUGCGCCUGCGCGGAGCGGUGCGUUUCGGGACGUGUAGUUUCCCCGGCUGGGUCGCGCGAGUCCCGGUUUGUGUCCAGCCAGGGGCUGGGGACUCCGCCGCCGGGAACUAUCAGACCUUUGAACUCCCAGGACUUGACCUUUCAGCCCCCUCUCAUGCACUUGUCUGGGGGAACUACACUGAUCAGGAGUGAACUCAGAGUUGGCCCACCAUGAACUUGAAGGUUCUUGAACACGUGCCCCUGCUGCUGUAUAUCUUGGCAGCAAAGACACUGAUUCUCUGCCUGGCAUUUGCGGGAGUGAAAAUAUACCAAAGGAAAAGACUGGAAGCCAAACAGCAAAGUCUAGAGGCUGAAAAGAAGAAGCAAUCAGAGAAGAAAGCUAACUGAAGGGAAAUGGAAGGUGUCAGCUUGGGUGGACUCCAGCAGAAGAAGAAGGAAGACUUAGUUACCAAGUGAUGAGUCAGAAGAUAAAUUGCCAACCUCUACCUUUAACUUCAAAUAUUGUGAAUUUUUAUAUGCUUUUGAAAGAAUCGGUAUUUUGUUACUAAAAUAAAACACCUCUGUAAAAAAGG